GGCAAAUUCACCUCCAAAUCCGAUGUCUGGUCAUUUGCUGUAACGCUGUGGGAAAUUCUGACAUUUGCCCGCCAGCAACCCUAUCAACAUUUGAGUGAUGCCAAAGUAAUUGAAAAUAUUGGACAUAUCUAUCAGGAUGAUAAUAAAUAUGAAUUCCUAACAAUGCCCGUGAAUUGUCCACGUGAAAUCUAUGAUUUGAUGUGUGAGUGCUGGCAGCGCAACGAAUCGAAUCGUCCCAAUUUUCGGGAAAUCCACUUAUUUUUGCAACGGAAAAAUCUGGGCUUCAAGCCGACCCUGAUGACUUAUUGA